AUGUCCAGUUCGAGCAAGGGGAAGGAAGUGGCCAAUGGAAAAGCAACAGAGCCUGGAUAUGAGAUGCCUUGGGUGGAGAAGUACCGACCAAGAGUUCUGGACGAUGUCGUGGGCAACACGGAUACCAUUGACAGACUGAAGGUCAUCGCAAGAGACGGCAAUUGUCCACAUAUCAUAAUAUCGGGAAUGCCGGGCAUUGGCAAAACAACCAGCAUACACUGUCUCGCACAUGCAUUAUUGGGUGACGCAUACAAGGAAGGGGUCCUUGAGCUGAACGCAUCGGAUGAGCGUGGUAUCGAUGUUGUUCGAAAUAAGAUCAAAACGUUUGCACAAAAGAAGGUCACCCUUCCACCUGGCCGACACAAGAUUAUCAUCCUUGACGAAGCUGAUAGCAUGACAGCAGGCGCACAGCAAGCACUACGACGGACAAUGGAGAUCUACUCAAACACAACGCGAUUCGCAUUGGCUUGCAAUCAAUCCAACAAGAUUAUCGAACCGAUACAGAGUCGGUGUGCCAUUCUACGAUACUCAAAGCUGAGAGAUCAGGAGGUGUUGAAGCGAUUACUUGAGAUAUGCGAGGCGGAGAAAGUAAAAUACAAUGAUGAAGGCCUGACCGCCCUCAUCUUCACGGCAGAAGGCGACAUGCGCCAAGCGAUCAACAACAUUCAGUCAACGUGGUCCGGGUUUGGCUUCGUGAAUGGCGACAAUGUCUUCAAGGUGUGCGAUCAACCGCAUCCUGUGCUCAUACAAGCGAUGCUCCGCAGUUGCCACAAGGGCGAUGUUCAGGGCACGAUGGACAAGCUAGAUGAGCUAUGGGGUCAGGGUUACAGCGCGGUGGAUAUUGUGGUGACUCUGUUCAGGGUUACUAAGACGUUCAAUGAGCUCCAGGAAUAUUCGAAGUUGGAGUAUAUCAGGGAGAUUGGAUGGACUCACAUGCGAGUACUCGAAGGCGUGGGAACGAAGAUGCAGCUUGCUGGGUUGGUGGCGAGGUUGUGUAAGAUGAAUAUGAAGCCGGAGUUAUUCAAGUUGUGA